AUGCCUCUCCUCUACCCCCGCUUCUACCGCAAUCCCUUCCAAUGGGCCCGUUACCACGCCCAUAACAACCCCGCCAUCUUCUGGUCAAUCUUCGUCGGCAGCUGGUCGCCUGUCUUCCUCUUCGCCGGACAGUUUCAUAAACGCGCGCCGGAGGUGCCUGGAACAUACCCUAUCCCAUCGGGGAGGCGAGUUAUUCCACAAGGAUACGAUGAUCCAGAAUAA